AUUAUGACUUCCUUUUCAGCUCCUAGUCCUCCAUCGGAUCUAAAGGCCAAAGAGAUGCCCGGAAACCGAGUGCUACUGACGUGGACAGCGCCCAAGACCUCACACGACAUCGUCAAGGGGUAUCGAAUCUAUUAUACGCCGCCUAACCCUCCGGCCCGCGAAGCUGUCGGCGUCUCGAAGACCAACAGUUUUCUGAUCGACAAACCCUUCGAGACGAGCGUUAAGUACACCUUUUGGGCGACAACUCUGACCGUAAACCUCGAGAGCGAGUACUCGAAUAAGACAUCACUGGUGAUCGGAUCCCUUGUGACCAUCAGUAACCUCAGCGCCAAAACCGUAACCAAUUCGUCGGUUGCCAUCGAAUGGGUGUCGAAGUCUAAGUUCGAGGCAAUCAAAUGGCGAGUGGAAUACCGGUGCGACGACUACUUCUUGGGCUUCAUUGCCAACGUGACGGUCGAUAAGCCGCAGGUGACUGUCGAUGGCUUGUCUCCUGGCGUUAACUAUCAGUUCAAAGUUCUGCCGAUAGUUAACGGACAGCUCUGGAGGAAUGGCGUCGAAGACAACAUCAUAUCUGUGGUGACGAACGGCUCGCAACUGCCGUCGGUGGCCAUCACUGACAAAGUGGUCGAGGGAUCCACUCUUCACCUGACAUGGAUUCCACCCAAUCAUCAGUCACUCAAACGAAUCCAUUGGACGUACGGUGUCUUCUAUGGCGUCGAAGAGAAACGACUCAAACUCUACGGCAAAACGAAUGACACGAAACUCACUCUCAAUGGUCUGCAGUCGUGUGAGUCCUACAUAAUACAAGUGCGAGUGAUGAAGCCGUAUGGCGUCGGACCGGCUGUCGACUCGACGAUAUUGAAGACACAGUACGACCCGACGGCGCCGCCAAAGAACCUGCGAUACAGUAAUACAGUGACCGAUAAGACAAAGUAUGUCCUCUCGUGGAACUCCUCGUGCGAUCGUAUGGCCGACACAUCGGUGGCCUAUAAGAUAUGUGUCACCGAUUUGGUGAAGAAGGGGGAUAUUUGGUUCCAAUUGACUCCGAGAAACCAGACGUCCGUCGAUAUGCCGCUUAUCGUUCACUUCGGAGCCGUGUAUGACAUCAAAGUGGGAACCGAUAGACCGAACGCCAGGUUUACGGCGCCUCUAAGGCUGACACCGACUCCAUUACCCCGGGUGUCGAAACUCGAUGGCGUCCAACAGCUCAACGGCUCGCUGUAUAUCAUAUGGAAGACCAUUGAGGACUCGUUUUGGCCCAAAGAGCUGCACAAUCAUAGUUAUGAAUACAAAGUAUAUAUAAGUCAGACGCCGAACACCAGCGAUGGGGACGUGAUUCGGGUGCGGAGACCACCACUCAGUUUCCCCGCACACCAUGGGGUCUAUUACUACAUCGCUGUGGCUCUGGUCGACGAACACGACUACUCGGGACCCGUUUCCGACACCAUUAUCAUUGGCAAUAGUCUGGCCUCAAGUUCGGUGAUAAUCGAGAAGAAGAGUGCCAUAGGAGUGGUGAUAGGGAUCGGCGUUAUUGUGGUGGCGCUGACGGUAGCGUUGACUGUGUUUGUGAUGAGACACCGACGCCUUCAGCGAAGUUUCCUGUCGUUCGCCAGCAGUCACUACAACACCCGCUCGGGUUCCGCCACUUUCACCACUAAUGACGGCUUAGAAGAGGAGGACGAGUCGCCGGUGUUUCGCGGCUUUUCAGACGACGAGCCCCUCGUUUUGGCCUAAAAACCCAUUCAUCUCCUCAUACGUUGUGAUCGAUUCAUACAAUUCGUGAAAUACUUGUGUUUCGGAGUCUUUUGAACACAUUUCUAGACAAUUAUUACGAGAUUUUAUAAAUUUAUUAAAUUUAUUACUAUAUUAUGUUUUUUCAUAUUUAAUACGAAC